AAUUCAAGAGAAAUGAAACUUAGACUAUUUCGCCUCUAGUGGUUCAGCCUCUGUAAUUGAUCAACACCGCUGUUCUUUGUGUCAAAAGCUUUAUAAGCUUUAACGCAAAUCAUAUUUGAGUUGCAUUUCUGUCGAGACAGCCCUUUUUACAGAAGCUGAUUAUCUGCUCAUCUUAAACACUGCAGAGAAAUGUCUGAAUCUGCAGCGAGUCAGUGUGUGGAUCAGUUCAGCUGUCCAGUGUGUUUGGAUCCUCUGAAGGAGCCGGUGACGAUUCCCUGUGGACACAGUUACUGUAUGAGCUGUAUUACUGACUGCUGGGGCCAGAAGGAGCAGGGGCCGCCGUACCGCUGUCCCCAAUGCAGAGAGAGCUUCAGUCAGAGACCUCUACUGAAGAAGAACACUCUGAUAGCUGAGAUGAUGGAGACGCUGCAGAAGACGACGUCUCUACAAACGGCUGCUGUGGAGUGUGAUGUUUGCACUACAGAGAAGAACAGAGCUGUAAAGUCCUGUCUGCAGUGCUUGGCCUCCUUCUGUCAAACUCACCUGCAGUCUCACUAUCAAUCUCCUGCGUUUAUGAAGCACAAACUAGUCGAAGCUUCCAGACACAUUCAGGAGAACAUCUGUCUCAGUCAUGGGAAACUACUGGAGAUUUACUGUCAGGAUGAUCAUCAGUGUAUCUGUUACUUGUGUAUGAUUGACCAUCAUAACGGACACCGUGUGGUUUCGCUGGAAUCUGAAUGGACGAAUCAAAAGAAAGAGUUAGAGGAGAUAAAGGUGUCGUGUCAGAAGCUGAUCCAGGAGCGAGAGAGAGGUCAGCGGGAUCUCAGUGAAGCUGUCAAUCUUCUUAAAAGUUCAGCGCUAGAGAGCAUGGAGGACAUUGAGAAGGUCUUCACUGAGCUCAUCUGCUCUCUGGAGAAGAAACGCUCUGAGAUUAAAGAGCAGAUCAGAGCUCAGGAGAAGACUGAGAUAGAUCGAGCAGAGGAACUUCACAAACAUCUGGAUCAAGAGCUGACAGAACUCAGAAAAACACAAGCAGAGAUUGACAAACUCCUGAUUAAUGAUAAUCAGCUCCAUGGUCUGAAGUGCUGUCAGUCUGUGUGUGUUUUACCUUCAUAUGAAGAUGUUCCCAGCUUCACUCAACACACUCAUCUGUCUUUUAAAGACAUUUCAAUCUCAGCGUUUAAGGAGGUUUUGGAGGACGUCUGUCAACAACAAUCAGCCAGAAUAUCCAGAGAAGUGUCAAAUGUCCAUUUCUCAGAGUUUCCAGAACCUGAAACCCCAAAUGGAUUUUUGCAGUAUUUCUGUCAACUGCAACUGGAUCCAAACACAGCACACAAUACCCUCAUCUUGUCAGAAGAGAACAGAAAAGCAUCAGAUUCAGUUGAAAAGCAGCAGUAUCCUGAUCACCCAGAGCGAUUUGAUUGGUAUUGUAAUGUCCUGUGUCGAGAGGGUUUGUGCGGUCGCUGUUGCUGGGAGGUCGAGUGCAGUGGGAACGACUGGUCUGUUGCAGUUUGUUACAAAGGAAUUGGUCGUAAAGGAAAGGGUGAAGACUGCAGACUGGGGUUUAAUAGCAAGUCCUGGAGGCUGACCCACUGUAACCAGAAUUUUUAUGUCAGACAUCAUCAUAAGCAAGUCCCAAUCCCUGCUGUCUGCUCCUCUAGAAUAGGAGUGUAUCUGGAUCACAGAGCAGGAACUCUCUCGUUCUACAGCGUCUCUGACGCAAUGACUCUCCUUCACAGAUUCCAGACCACUUUCACCGAACCCUUAUACCCUGCGUUUGGGGUUGGUACAGGUUCAUCUGUCAGGAUCAUAGAGAAAAGAAGUAUUUAGAUCAGUAAUUAAAUGCUUACAAAAUGUUCGAAAUUGUUUAUGUAAAGUUAUAGAUGUACUCAAAGCAUUUAUGGUUUUCUGAACGUUCCUGUCAACUCUUCACUAUCCUGUACAACAAAAGUUAAGGCGAUUGCAGUUCAUUAUUAAAGCCACAAGGUGUCGCCUUUUGUCCUAUUGCGUUCUAUUUUUAAGACCUAUAC